UUUUAUGGCUCGUUUUACCUUCAGUUUCUCCAACUGGGACUACCUUGGGUUUCUGCUUGGAUGCCGAGAAAUCGUAGGAAAUUCAAAGAAAACGAGGAAUCUUUUGACUCCAGCUAGGACCUGUAAAUCUUCGUUCGACUCAUAUUAGACUUGUGUUUUUGUUUAGUUUGCGCGAACUGAAGCUCGCAUAGUGAAAAUAUUCGCCCAUCUACCCCGCUGAUGGCCAUCUCUCGUGGGUUCACCUCGUUGACUGAAUUAUCUUUGCCUUUUCAUCGGCACCGCUUUCUGGCUCCUCAAUUUUAUCAAUCUUUCUUUUCAAAACACAGUCUUGGAACAACUCCGACUAACGUCUGCAGCCACCGAUAUCCGAACUUUGUUCGUAGAAAAAGGCAACCAAAAUUUAGUAUCUUCACGUCGGUGGAAUUAAACCAGUAUGUAACGAGUGAUGAUGAAGAUGAAAUAAGCGAAGGCUUCUUCGAGGCAAUUGAAGAAUUAGAGAGAAUGACGAGGGAACCCUCUGAUGUUCUUGAAGAAAUGAAUGAUAAGUUGUCAUCAAGAGAGUUGUUAGUUCUAGUUUACUUUUCUUAAGAAGGCAGAGAUUCUUGGUGCGUCCUUGAAGUAUUUGAAUGGCUAAGAAAGGAGAACAAGGUUGAUGAUGAGACAAUGGAACUCAUGGUUUCAAUUAUGUGUAGUUGGGCCACGAAGCUGAUUGAAGGAGAGGGUGAUGCCGAUGAUGUGGUAGAUCUACUUGUGGACAUGGAUUGCGUGGGGUUUAAACCUGAUUUUAGAAUGAUUGAGAAAGUGAUUUCGAUGUAUUGGGAGAUGGAUAAAAGGAUGGGAGCUGUAAUAUUUGUGAAAGAAAUUUUGAGAAGGGGAAUUUCAUAUGAAGAGGAUGAUAGUGAAGGACAGAAGGGUGGACCGGCUGGCUAUCUUGCUUGGAAGAUGAUGAUAUGCUAUCUUAAGCUUUGAUUAUUUGUAUGCGUCUAUAUUAGAUUGUGUUAGAAAUUGAAUUUGCUGUUCUUUUCAUGUAAUAGGCUAUUGAAUCAAAUUUGAUUGAUACUGAAAAUAAUGGUCCCUGCUGUUUAUGCUUAAUUAUUUGUUAGUAUUUCUUGUACUUGUUUGUUGCCUGUAUGGAUCAUUACUUUCUUGAUCAUCUAUAGGGUUGAGAAGUUCAACCAUACUGUGAUCACUAUGUUAUACUUGGCCAGGACAUUAUUUUUAUGUGCACAAGUCAUACAAUUGAAUGUUGUGGUUUCUUGUUUUUACCCUGCAUUGAAAGCAAUUUCUUAGGGGUUGUUUGGUUCGUGGAAAAGAUUAUUAACAGGAGUAAUAAUCUUUUCUGGAAUCUUAUUCUCAUGUUUGGUUUGCUCUCAUCCCCAUCAGUCGAAAAAAGAAUAUUAUCAAUUGUAGUCCUAAUUUUGACAAAUGGCAUUCCCAUCCAUUCAUUAGGUUGCUUUCAAUCGAUGACAUUGUUUUAGCUAUUUGUGCUUCCCAGAAGGAGAGUAGUGCAACAUCACGGUUGGUUGCUAGGUUUGAGGUUUCAAGCUCCCUACGUAGGAGGAAAACUUUGUCCUGGUUAUUGAGAGGCUAUAUUAAAGGAGGGCAUAUCGGCGAUGCUGCUGAAACGAAGGUCAAAAUGCUCGACUUGGGUUUAUAUCCAGAAUGUUUAGACAGGGUAGCUGUUCUGCAGGAACUGAGGAAAAGGAUCCACCUGCCAGGUAACAUUGGAACUUAUAUUGAUCUCUGCAAACGACUAUACAAUGCGAGCUUGAUUGGACCUUGCCUUUUAUAUCUGUAUA